UAGACUGCGCGUAACGUAUCGAAUGUGUUGUCGACACAGUAUGCAACACACAAUGCACUGCGGGGCAAACCGCAGAGAUACAUGUAUAAAGAAAUAAGCUGUCAUUUUUGAUGUUCCGUCUAUUAAUCAUUCUUUUGAUUAGCUGUCGAGAAUAAACUAUGGUUAAAUCGUGCGUAGCCUUUAAAUGUACCAACAGGAACUCUAAAUCUGUUUCAUUUCACAGGUAAGUACGUAUAAGUUUUCUUUGAAAACGCGCCACGAAAUAAUAUGUUCAAACGCAAACUAAGAUACUUGCACGCGAAAAGAUUUCCGACGGAUAACAAUUUAAUGGCCCAAUGGAUCAGAGCAAUUGGCAGAGAAAAGUUUACUCCUACUAAACACAGUGUCAUUUGCGGGGAACAUUUUAAAGAAGCCGAUUUUCUAAGAAAAGUACCAAAGAAAGUGUUAAAGAAUGAUGCCAUACCGAGCGUUUUUGACUUUCCCGUUCAAUUAAAAGUUGAAUCUCCAAAACAACACAGAACUAUUAUUCCACAUCCUUUACCAGCAAGAACAUUACUUCUUAAAAAUACUCAAUCGGACGAUUGCGACGCCGACCCUAUCCCCGAUACGGAAGAACCCUCUACUUCUAGUUCUUCCCGUACGUCUUUGAAAAGGAAACUUUAUUUUGGAGAUUAUUCUGAGGAAGACUUGCAAUGUCCCAAAAAAGCAAAAAUGAUGUGGAAAUUAGCUUAAAGACAAAUUGACAAAAAAAAUAGACAACUAAAGAUAUUACGUAUAAAAAACUUUCGACUUCACAAAAAAAUCGCAUCUUUGGAGAAUUUGGUUGGCCAUUUAAAAAAACAAAAUAAAAUAUCCGAAGAAUGUGAAAUUGUAUUGAAUGUAAGUAAGUUUAGCAUGAUUGUAUGAUUCUGUUGUUGCCAGUUGUUGCAGCAUUAACUAAUAAUUUUAACGCAAGAAUGGUCAUUCGCUCUUUCCUUGCUUAUAAUAAUUUUGUCUAUGGCAGGUAGAUACGUAGAUAUAUGCACGUGCUUUCCAGAAGGGUGUUUAUUUUAAUUUUUAAGGUUUUUAUUUUUUGAGAAUUGUUUAUUUUCCAGAAAUGGGAGCAUCUGUUAUAAUCUAGGUAUAAGCACAGAUUACCUUGCUAAGGUAAUCUGUGGUAUAAGUAAUAUUUUAUUUUUGUAAUUUUGUUUUAUUAUUUCCAUUAGGAAAGUCUCGGUGGGAUGCAAAAGAAAAUGCUUCUUCAUCAAACUCGAACACCCGAUAGAAAAUAUGCACCUGACAUUCGCAGCUUUGCGUUGACAUUACAUUUUUAUUCAAGCAGUGCAUACAAUUAUGUGAGGAAAACAUUUAAUAAUUGUUUACCACACCCCUCCAUGCUGCGAGAACGUAUUUCUGCCCCGCACUGUACUGUUGGUUGCCUAUCCUAUCUUGACAACAGGCGUUUAUAGUAAAAUCUACGUUACGCGCAGU